ACAAGCAGGGCAGAAGACAUGGGGUUUUUGCUCCACCUCCUCCUCGUGGUAGGUGUCGUGGCCUUGAUUCCGACCGCUGCAGCCAAACGUAAGAAUGUGAGGAUGCUUUUAGAUGAAAUAAAGCAAGACAUAAAGUUCCUGGAGUUCGGCAUUGACAAACUCGGUGGGAAAUCAGCAGCAGAACAGCACGCGGUGUUCAUCGCAACAAAACCGAAGGCAAUAAAGCUCGCUAAGAUAUACAGGAAGAAGCUUCUGGAGGAUUUACACGUCCAUUCUACGGAUAAAGAAGUUCUGAGUGACAAGUGUGGCAGCGACUUGACUUGCACCAACACUGGCAAAUUCCGGACAGCAGACGGCAGCUGUAACAACAUCCGACAUCCUGACUGGGGAAAGAGCUUCAUCCCAAUGAGGAGGUUCCUUCAACCACUAUAUGACGAUGGUAUAUUAUCGCCCCGAACUACCGGAAUUUAUGGAAGCCCACUUGCAAGUCCACGUCUUGUAUGCACCACCCUUCACACCUCUGACGUCAAUGCCAAGCCAGAGAGUGACGUCACACACAUGGUCAUGCAGUGGGGUCAGUUCCUGGAUCAUGACAUCAGCAAUACCCCUAUUGAACGAGGCUCUGACGGAGCUGCCAUAACUUGUUGUAAGGAUGAUGUCAAAGACGACUCCUACUCCUCAACCUUGAAUCUUGCUAGCAGACAUCAGUGCUUCAACAUUGACGUGCCACCAGGAGACCGACGGUUCAACCGCACAUGUCUCAACUUUGUCCGGUCAGUGCAGGUUGCCAACACAAACUGUGACAUCGCUCCAGCAGAACAACUGAACCAGGUCACGGCUUACAUAGAUGCGUCGCAAGUGUAUGGUUCCACAGCGGAGGAGCUUCACGAUCUACGUUCUAACACUGGAGGAUUGCUGAGAACAUCAUCUGACAAACCAGAACUGCUUCCAAGAAACUCUGUCCCGAAUUGUGCCACAUCCACUGAACCUAACUACUGUUUCAAGGCAGGUGACGAGAGAGUGGACGAGCAAAUGUCUCUGACAAGUAUGCACACCAUCUGGCUACGGGAACAUAACAGAGUGGCCAGGAAGCUUGCAAGUAUCAACCCGCACUGGGAUGAUGAGCGGCUGUUCCAGGAAGCCAGGAAGAUUGUGGGAGCCAUGAUGCAGCACAUCACCUAUGCCGAAUUCCUUCCCGUCGUCCUUCCACCAAAGUUCUACAACAAAUUUAGACUCCGUCCAUCGAAAGGUCCUGUUAAAAUUUACAAUGCCGAUGCUGAUGCAAGUGUUCGCAAUGCCUUUGCUACAGCAGCCUACCGCUUUGGACACUCCAUGAUAAGAACAUAUUUCAGUUGCCCAAACCAACAUUAUAAGGCUGGAACAAAUAUUCAGCUUAGACACUCCUUUGGAAACACGUCCAUCAUUAUCUCAUCAUCAGGUGAUGCUAUAAAUAAACUGACAAGAGGGCUGCUGGUUGAUAGUGCCAAUUCUGUGGACAGGUACGUCAGCCCUGAAGUUUCCGACUUCCUCUUCUCGGAUGAUGAAGGCAACAGCUUUGAUCUGAUGUCUUUAAACAUUCAGCGUGGCCGUGACCAUGGUCUACCAGGAUACAAUGAUUGGCGGAGGUGGUGUGGACUCCCUGAAGCUCAUGACUUUAGUACAGACCGUGGAGGACUUGUGGAUCAUUCUGACGAUGUGGCGGCAGCUUUUCAAUCAUUGUACAGAUCUCCCAGCGACAUUGAUCUGUUCUCUGGAGGCAUAUCAGAGCGCCCAGUUCCUGGAGGUCUGGUGGGGAACACCUUUUCUUGCAUUAUCGGCCGUCAGUUCGAGCUGUUCAAGAUCGGCGACAGAUUCUGGUAUGAGACAAAACACAAGGCUGUCCGGUUUACACGAGAUCAACUGACUCAACUCCACCACACGUCUCUCUCCCGCGUGGUCUGCGACAACACCAACAUCUACAAGGUCCAACCUAACGCUUUCAAGAAGGCUGGAAGAGGGAACACCCUCAGGUCGUGCAGUCAGCUACCCGAAGUAAAUCUUGGUGCCUGGCGGGAGGUUCAACAGGGUGUUUGGUCCGCCUGGUCCGCCUGGUCCGCCUGUAAACGCGGACGGAGGACUCGGAGAAGGUCCUGUACGAAGAGAGGUCGAAAAUGUACUGGAUCGAAGAAGCAGAAAGAGGCGUGCGGCUCAGACUGUGGGUUCCAGCAGUGGGGGGCGUGGGGCAGCUGUGUGCAGGGAUGUCGCUACAGGAGACGGGUCUGCGACUGCAGGAGCUGCGGACGGGGAAAAGACUUCGGCACUAACAAAUGCAAGAUAAAAGGGAAGCGUGUUCGCAAACGUAUGUGUGUACAAUUGUACGGAUACGUGAAACGAUGGUACUUCGACACAUCUUUGACCAAAUAAAAGACUAUUCAAUCUGC